AUGGAGAAAGUCAAAAUAUUCGAUAACAUCAUACGAACCAUAAACGACGACGAAGAAGUGGAAGAUCUAUCAGAAAACAGCGAUGUCGAAGUUGAGUUUCAACCGACCAAACAAAAAUCCAAGGACAGAGCCGAUUUCGACAACGACUUCAGUUUCGUGAGCUCCGUCGAAGAGUACAACAAAGACACCUGGAACGAUUUAACCAAAUAUGUAAAACGCAAGGCUACGCAAAAAACGGACGAUCGAAUCAAAAAAUUCCGAGGAACCCAAGCGGAAGAAGCGGAACCCGAAGAUAUCGAGCAAGACGAAGAAUCCGACAUAUCCCUAUCCGACGACGAACUAAAGCACGAUCGGAUAAGACUUAAAGAAAAGAAGAAGAAAUCGAAAGCUCAAACGGAAGACGCCAACGAAGAAUUCUUCGAAGAUGUAGAUUUCAAUAACUCAGCAAACACCAGCUUCUAUCAAAUGAAUUUAUCCAGGCCUUUACUAAAAGCAAUCGCCGAGAUGAAGUUCGUUCACCCGACACCCAUCCAAUCUGCAACUAUACCUGUAGCAUUACUAGGUCGCGACAUAUGCGGUUGUGCAGCCACAGGCACCGGUAAAACAGCGGCCUACAUGCUACCAGUUUUAGAACGAUUAUUGUACCGGCCGGUAACCGAUACACCUCUAAUCAGAGUACUAGUCCUAGUACCGACGAGAGAACUCGGCGUACAAGUCUACCAAGUCACCAAACGAAUAGCCCAAUUCACCGACAUACAAACCGGCCUAGCCGUGGGCGGUUUGGAUCUAAAAACCCAAGAAAACAUUUUAAGAAAAUGCCCCGACAUCGUCAUAGCCACGCCGGGAAGGUUAAUCGAUCACCUCAAAAGCACCCCGAGCUUCGCUUUAGACUCGGUCGAAGUGCUGAUACUCGACGAAGCCGAUCGCAUGCUCGACGAGUACUUCGCCGAGCAAAUGAACGAAAUCAUCAGGCAAUGCUCGAGGAAACGCCAGACGAUGCUCUUCUCUGCCACUAUGACGGACGAAGUGGAGAGUUUAGCUGCAGUUUCGCUCACUAAACCCGUUCGAUUGUUCGUCGAUAGCAACCGAGAUGUAGCCUUCAACCUGCGACAGGAGUUUAUAAGGAUCAGAAGUGAUAAUGAAAUCGAUCGGGAGCCUAUUUUAGCAGCGUUGGUUUGUAGAACGUUCCGCGAGCAUUGCAUGGUGUUUGUGCAAACCAAAAAGCAGGCCCAUCGGUUGCAUAUAUUGUUGGGAUUGUUGGGGUUGAAAGUAGCCGAGUUGCACGGGAAUCUGACGCAACCGCAGCGUCUGGAGAAUCUGGAACGGUUCAAAACUAAACAAGUGGAUUUUUUGAUUGCUACGGAUGUGGCGGCGCGCGGUUUGGAUAUAUCCGGAGUGAAAACCGUGGUGAAUUUCGUCAUGCCGGCUACCGUGGAGCAUUACAUACACCGAGUGGGUAGAACAGCCAGGGCUGGAAGAGCCGGAGUCUCCGUCAGUUUAGCCGGAGAGAAGGAGAGGAAGAUCGUUAAAGAUGUUAUCAAACGAGCUAAGAACCCCGUGAAGAGCCGGAUAAUUCCGCAGGACAUCUUGGAGAAGUAUCGAUCGAAGAUCCAAACGUUAGAGGCGCAAAUAAAUCGAAUAUUGCAGGAGGAAUACGAGGAGAGGAUGCUGAGCAAGGCGGAGAAUCAAGCCAACAAGGCCGAGAAGUUGCUCAAAGGGGAGAAACCCGACGUGAGGCCUUGGUUCCAGACCAAACAGCAGAGGAAGCAGGAAAAGGAGAAAUUGAGUUUGAAAGGCGAUUGUAAGAAAGUUGAUUCUGGCAAAAGUAAGAAGAAGGACGUGAAGCGGAAUAAGGACGAUGCGCAGGGGAGGAUCAACGAAGAGUUGAAUAAAGUGAUGCUCGUGCAGGCCCGUUUGGCGAAGAGCAAAAGCAAACAGAAGAAAAUUAAGACCGUUAAAGACGACGGUGGUAGACGAAAUGGAGUGGUUGCGAAGAAGAAGAAAUCGUUCUUUUCGGAUUUGGUGGAUACCAGUCAGAAGAAGGCGAAGAAGUUGAGGUACGAGAGUAAUUUUAAGCAGAAAAUGAAGGGUAAAACGAAGAGUCCGAACAAGAAAAACAAGGCGUAUGGUAAACCGCAACAAGGAAAGAGAAAGUAA